UAUCAGGUGUACGCUCGGCGCUCCCCGGAGGAAGUCUAUGACAUCAUGAAGGCCAUGGGGGCGGACUACGUGGUUCUGGAGAACAGCAUCUGCUACGAGCGCAGGCACAGGAGAGGCUGCAGACUGAGGGACCUGCUGGACCUGGCCAAUGGACACAUCAUGGACGGAGACGGGGAAAACGACCAGGACCUUGUCCCCGCCACCCAUCGUCGAUUUUGCGAGGAAGUCAAGACAGACGCCGUCUCUUACACCGCUCUGUUCAACAGAACAUUUCAGAACAAAACCUUCCAUGUGUACCGGGUCAAGAAGAAACGCAAGAAAAACACCAAGAGCUCGCCAGAGCCCAGCGCCUCUCAGCAGCAGGAUCAGGCUCUGUGAGAGGAAAGGCGGUCAGAGGCCAGAGGGGGAGAGACGGAGCAGAAGAAGAGAUAAAAGCCUCGAGUCCUCACUGUUCUUCUGCCUCCCCUCUGCACUGUGCCCAGCUGUGAUCAUGCCCAUUAUUUUUUGAACACAUAGCUCUGUGAACUGUGCUGUUGGAGCAGUGUGCCGGUUCAGGCUCGGGGCUGCAUUGUUUUAGUUAGCAGAGUGUAGAAGCACCUAAAGGAGUCAU